AUGGGCGACGACUUGGGAUUUCGUAAUUAUGUGUACUUAUUAUGGGUGGUAUCGGUCACACCGGUCGUAUAUAUCCUAAAAAACGACUUAACGGCGCAAAUGGUGAACAGGGAUGUCAUGAAUGCCGACACAAUCGAUGAUAUGUUUGACGAUAGGCUUACCGUUUACGCCGACGUCUAUUCAUACGAUAAAUUGAUUACACCUGAUUUUCAACGCCUAUUCGAGGCAUCGAUUUCCCAACACUGGGAUAAUUUAUUAGCCGACUAUUACUAUCAGGUUUAUCGUAAAAUUUUCGAUGGGAGU